AUGACUAGUCCCCUAUUUACUCCUGAACAAUGGGCAGCAAUCACACAAUUAUUCGAAGCGCGGUACGAUCGUCCAGGAGCUUCCAUUGAUUUUUCACAAUCGAUUCAAUUGGCCAGUUCAGCAAUUAGUAAAUUCGAUCGUUACUUUGAAAAUUUGUCCCCACAAUUGACUGGCAGCGAGAAAGACGCGUUAUUUGCGAUUAAAAAUGAUUUUACUGAUGUGCGUCAUUCGACUUAUCAAGCAGCAGGAACAAUGGAAGUACGUUACCGAAAAUUCAAAUUACAACCAACAACGGUUUUAAUCGAACAUUUGAGUACAAAAGCAGAAGAACAAAUAUUCAAGAAGCUGACCGAACAAUCUCAAGCUUUACAAAAUAAAUUGACAAAAUUUCAUUCAACAUACUUCUGGUGUGAAGUAAAUAAGUGGGGUAUCAUUCUUUCGAUUGUCGGUGGAGCGUUGAUCAUCUUCGGAUGGGUAUUAGCUGUUCUAAUACCGGAUACGGCCUGGAGUACAGUUUUUUACAUUGUGGGCACGGCAACGUUGUUAUCUGGUUCAAGUGCAUUGGGUCUAAUUAAGUUUCUUGAAUAUCGACGAGAUCCAACGAGUACAAUGCUGUAUUUAGAAGAAAUACAUAAACAAAUUGAUAAACUUCGUUUUCAAUUUGAUGAUCUUCGAGCAAUGAUUGCUGAAGACACACCGCAUGAAAUUAUGCAACAAGAACUAGAUAUUGUCCUGGAGUCUAUUAAAGAAUUGAAAUUGUUGUGUUUCCCGUAA